CUGUAAGGACUGGGUCACUAAGUACGCUGUCCACUACAGCUAUGACUGUCAACACUGGGUGUCUGUAGGCGGCGCUAACGAAACGCUAUUUAAUGGAAACACGGACCUGGACACACCCGUCACCAAUGACCUCGGAUGUCCUAUCUGGGCCAGGUGUGUGCGCAUCUAUCCCAGACAGUGGCACAAAAAUGUUGCCAUGCGCAUUGACCUUCUCGGCUGUCCAAUCAAACAACUUCCAGCCCCGACGACUUCAGCUCCCUCCACAACUACUUAUCCAACUACAGUGGUCUCUUCCGGUGUUUCUAUGACGUCAACCACCGCCAACACUGCCACCUAUCUGACCUUAUCAACUCACAUGACCCCUCCGCCUAGGACACCAGCGGCGUUCUACAACACCAAGGAUCCCAUAGAUUGCAAGUUCUCGCUCAGCACGUUCAACUGUUCCAUUCCCAUAGUGCACCAGCAUUGUCCCUCUGUCAUGUGCUGGCCGAUUUUCAACGACACCUGUGGUCUCAACGACUAUAACUUCUACCAAAGCAGGACAAUAUAAAAUUACUUCCGGUCAAACAUCGUCCAUAUCGUCGACAACUGCACAUAGUAACCCAACUAGCCCUUCAACAACUGGUUCAUCAGCCAAAAUGUCGGGUUCAACGCUAACUACACCGGUGGCUACUAAAGCAUCAUCCACACCAGUAUCUAGUACAACAGGGUCAACGCCAGUAUCUAUUACAACAGGGUCGACACCAGUAUCUAGUACAACAGGGUCCACACCAUCGAUAGCUGCACAUAGCAACCCAACGAACCGGUCAACAUCUGGUUCAUCAGUCCAAACGUCAAGUUUGAGUUCUACAUCACAAAUGCCUACAAAAGUGUCCACACAAGUAUCUAGUACUACAGGGUCCACACCAGUGUCUAGUACAACAGGGUCCACACCAGUGUCUAGUACAACAGGGUCCACACCAGUAUCUAGUACAACAGGGUCCACACCAGUGUCUAGUACAACAGGGUCCACACCAGUAUCUAGUACAACAGGGUCGACAUCAGUGUCUAGUACUACAGGGUCCACACCAGUAUCUAGUACAACAGGGUCCACACCAGUGUCUAGUACAACAGGGUCCACACCAGUAUCUAGUACAACAGGGUCCACACCAGUGUCUAGUACAACAGGGUCCACACCAGUAUCUAGUACAACAGGGUCGACAUCAGUGUCUAGUACUACAGGGUCCACACCAGUAUCUAGUACAACAGGGUCCACACCAGUAUCUAGUACAACAGGGUCAACACCAGUAUCUAGUACAACAUCGUCCACACCAGUGUCCAGUACAACAGCGUCCACACCAGUAUCUAGUACAACAGCGUCCACACCAGUAUCUAGUACAACAGGGUCCACACCAGUAUCUAGUACAACAGGGUCCACACCAGUAUCUAGUACAACAGGGUCCACACCAGUGUCUAGUACAACAGGGUCCACACCAGUAUCUAGUACAACAGGGUCCACACCAGUAUCUAGUACAACAUCAUCCACACCAGUAUCUAGUACAACAGGGUCCACACCAGUGUCUAGUACAACAGGGUCCACACCAGUAUCUAGUACAACAUGGUCGACAUCAGUGUCUAGUACUACAGGGUCAACACCAGUAUCUAUUAAAACAGCGUCAACACCAGUAUCUAGUAAUACAGGGUCCACACCAGUAUCUAGUACAACAUUAUCCACAUCUGUAUCUAGUACAACAGGGUCCACACCAUCGAUAGCUGCACAUAGCAACCCAACGAACCCAUCAACAUCUGGUUCAUCAGUCCAAACGUCAAGUUUGAGUUCUACAUCACAAAUGCCUACAAAAGUGUCCACACCAGUAUCUAGUACAACAUCAUCCACACCAGUAUCUAGUACAACAGUGUCCACACCAGUAUCUAGUACUACAGGGUCCACACCAGUAUCUAGUACAACAGGGUCCACACCAGUAUCUAGUACAACAUUAUCCACAUCUGUAUCUAGAACAACAGGGUCCACACCAGUGUCUAUUACAACAGGGUCCACACCAGUAUCUAGUACAACAGGGUCCACACCAGUAUCUAGUACAACAGUGUCCACACCAGUGUCUAGUACAACAGGGUCCACACCAGUAUCUAGUACUACAUCGUCCACACCAGUAUCUAGUACAACAUUAUCCACAUCUGUAUCUAGUACAACAGGGUCCACACCAGCAUCUAGUACAACAGCGUCCACACCAGUGUCUAGUACAACAGGGUCCACACCAGUAUCUAGUACAACAGGGUCCACACCAGUAUCUAGUACAACAGCGUCCACACCAGUAUCUAGUACAACAUUAUCCACAUCUGUAUCUAGUACAACAGGGUCCACACCAGUGUCUAUUAUAACAGGGUCCACACCAGUGUCUAUUACAACAGGGUCCACACCAGUAUCUAGUACAACAGGGUCCACACCAGUAUCUAGUACAACAGCGUCCACACCAGUGUCUAGUACAACAGCGUCCACACCAGUAUCUAGUACAACAGGGUCCACACCAGUAUCUAGUACAACAGCGUCCACACCAGUAUCUAGUACAACAUUAUCCACAUCUGUAUCUAGUACAACAGGGUCCACACCAGUGUCUAUUACAACAGGGUCCACACCAGUAUCUAGUACAACGGGGUCCACACCAGUAUCUAGUACAACAUCGUCCACACCAGUAUCUAGUACAACAGGGUCCACACCAGUGUCUAGUACAACAGGGUUCACACCAGUAUCUAGUACAACAGGGUCCACACCAGUAUCUAGUACAACAGCGUCCACACCAGUAUCUAGUACAACAGUGUCCACACCAGUAUCUAGUACAACAGGGUCAACACCAGUAUCUAGUACUACAUCGUCCACACCAGUAUCUAGUACAACAGGGUCCACACCAGUAUCUAGUACAACAGGGUCAACACCAGUAUCUAGUACUACAGGGUCGACACCAGUUUCUAGUACAACAGGGUCGACACCAGUAUCUAGUACAACAGUGUCCACACCAGUAUCUAGUACAACAGGGUCCACACCAGUAUCUAGUACAACAUCGUCGACACCGUCGAUAGCUGCACAUAGCAACCCAACGAAUCCAUCAACAUCUGGUUCAUCAGUCCAAACAUCGACUUUGAGUUCUACCACACCAAUGCCUUCAGCAGCAUCCACACCAGUAUUUAGUACAACAUCAUACACACCAGUGUCUAGUACAAAAUCGUCCACACCAGUAUCUAGUACAACAGGGUCCACACCAGUAUCUAGUACAACAGGGUCCACACCAGUAUCUAGUACAACAGGGUCCACACCAGUAUCUAGUACAACAGGGUCCACACCAGUAUCUAGUACAACAUCAUCCACACCAGUAUCUAGUACAACAGCGUCCACACCAGUAUCUAGUACAACAGUGUCCACACCAGUGUCUAGUACAACAGCUUCCACACCAGUGUCUAGUACAACAGGGUCCACACCAGUAUCUAGUACAACAGGGUCCACACCAGUAUCUAGUACAACAGGGUCAACACCAGUAUCUAGUACAACAUCAUCCACACCAGUAUCUAGUACAACAUCGUCCACACCAGUAUCUAGUACAACAGGGUCCACACCAGUAUCUAGUACAAAAUCGUCCACACCAGUAUCUAGUACAACAUCAUCCACACCAGUAUCUAGUACAGCAGGGUCCACACCAUCAAUAGCUGCACAUAGCAACCCAGCAAACCAAUCAUCAUCUGGUUCAUCAGUCCGAACGUCAAGUUUGAGUUCUACAUCACCAAUGCCUUCAGCAGCAUCCACACCAGUAUCUAGUACAACAGCUUCCACACCAGUAUCUAGUACAACAGGGUCCACACCAGUAUCUAGUACAACAGGGUCGACAUCAGUGUCUAGUACAACAGCGUCCACACCAGUAUCUAGUACAACAGCGUCCACACCAGUAUCUAGUACAACAUUAUCCACCCAAGUAUCUAGUACAACAGCGUCCACACCAGUGUCUAGUACAACAGCGUCCACACCAGUAUCUAGUACAACAGUGUCCACACCAGUGUCUAGUACAACAGCGUCCACACCAGUAUCUAGUACAACAGGGUCCACACCAGUAUCUAGUACAACAGCGUCCACACCAGUAUCUAGUACAACAUUAUCCACAUCUGUAUCUAGUACAACAGCGUCCACAUCAGUAUCAAGUACAACAUUAUCCACAUCUGUAUCUAGUACAACAGCGUCCACAUCAGUAUCAAGUACAACAUUAUCCACAUCUGUAUCUAGUACAACAGGGUCCACACCAAUAUCUAGUACAGCAGCGUCAACACCAGUAUCUAGUACAACAGCGUCAACACCAGUAUCUAGUACAACAGGGUCAACACCAGUAUCUAGUACAACAGGGUCUACACCAGUAUCUAGUACAACAGGGUCAACACCAGUGUCUAGUACAACAGGGUCAACACCAGUAUCUAGUACAACAGGGUCUACACCAGUAUCUAGUACAACAGGGUCGACCUCAGUAUCUAGUACAACAGCGUCCACACCAGUAUCUAGUACAACAGGGUCGACACCAGUGUCUAGUACAACGGCGUCCGCACCGUCGAUAGCUGCACAUAGUAUAAACCCAACGAACCCUUCAACAUCUGGGUCAUCUGUCCAAACAUCUACUUCGAGCUCUACUACACCAAUGUCUAGUACAAGAGCAUCGUCACCAAUGACAUCAGUGUCCAGUACAACAACGUCAUCAACGACAACACCAGUGUCUAGUACAACAGCUUCCACACCACCAGUGUCUAGUAAAACAGCUUCCUCAACACCAGUGUCUUUUACAACAGCUUCCACACCACCAGUGUCUAGUACAACCGCGUCAUCAACAACACCAGUGUCUAGUACAACAGCUUCCUCAACACCUGUGUCUUUUACAACAACUUCCACACCACCAGUGUCUAGUACAACAGCUUCCACAACGCCAGUGUCUAGCACGACAUCGUCAUCAACAGUCACAAUACCAGUGUCUAGUACAAGAACGUCAUCAACAACACCAGUGUCUAGUACAACAGUUUUCACAACACCAGUGUCUAGUACAACAGUUUUCACAACACCAGUGUCUAGUACAACAGUUUUCACAACACCAGUGUCUAGUACAACAGCUUCCUCAACACCAGUGUCUAGUACAACAGCUUCCACACCAGUGUCUAUCACGACACCGUCAUCAACAACAACACCAGUGUCUAGUACGACACCGUCAUCAGCGACAACACCAGUGUCUAGUACAACACCGUCAUCAGCAACACCACCAGUGUCUAGUACAACAGCUUCCUCAACACCAGUGUCUAGUACAACAGCUUCCACACCAGUGUCUAGCACGACACCGUCAUCAACAACAACACCAGUGUCUAGUACGACACCGUCAUCAGCGACAACACCAGUGUCUAGUACAACACCGUCAUCAGCAACACCACCAGUGUCUAGUACAACAGCUUCCUCAACACCAGUGUCUAGUACAACAGCUUCCACACCAGUGUCUAGCACGACACCGUCAUCAACAACAGCACCAGUGUCUAGCACGACACCGUCAUCAACAACAACACCAGUGUCUAGCACGACACCGUCAUCAACAACAACACCAGUGUCUAGUACAACAGCUUCCUCAACACCAGUGUCUAGUACAACAGUUUCCACAACACCUGUGUCUAGUAAAACAGCUUCAACACCACCGAUAGCUUUACAUAGUAACCCAACAAAUCCUUCAACAACUGGUUCAUCUGCCAAAACGAUGAGCUCUACUACACCAAUGCCUAGUACAACAGCGUCAUCAACAGUCACAACACCAGUGUCUAGUACAACAGCGUCAUCACCAACAACAACACCAGUGUCUACUACGACACCGUCAUCAACAACAACACCAGUGUCUAGUACGACACCGUCAUCAGCAACACCACCAGUGUCUAGUACAACAGUUUCCACAACACCAGUGUCUAGUACAACCGCGUCAUCAACAACAGCACCAGUGUCUAGUACAACAUCGCCAUCACCAACAACAACACCAAUGUCUAGUACAACAUCGUCAUCAACGACAACACCAGUAUCUAGUACAACAUCGUCAUCAACAGUCACAACGCCAGUGUCUAGUACAACAGCAUCAUCAGCAACACCACCAGUGUCUAGUACAACAUCAUCCACACCAGUGUCUAGUACAACAUCGUCAUCAGCAACACCACCAGUGUCUAGUACAACAUCAUCCACACCAGUGUCUAGUACAACAGCUUCCACACCAGUGUCUAGUACAACCGCGUCAUCAACAACAGCACCAAUGUCUAGCACGACACCGUCAUCAACAACAACACCAGUGUCUAGUACGACAUCGUCAUCAGCAACACCACCAGUGUCUAGUACAACAGCUUCCACACCACCAGUGUCUAGUACAACAUCGUCAUCAACAGUCACAACGCCAGUGUCUAGUACAACAGCGUCAUCACCGACAGCACCAAUAUCUAGUACAACAGCGUCAUCAACGACAACACCAAUGUCUGGUACAACAGCGUCAUCAACGACAACACCAUUGUCUAGUACAACAUCGUCAUCAACAGUCACAACACCAGUGUCAAGUACAACAUCGUCAUCAACAGUCACAACGCCAGUGUCUAGUGCAACACCGUCAUCACCGACAACACCAUUGUCUAGUACAACAUUGUCAUCACCGACAACACCAUUGUCUAGUACAACAUCGUCAUCAACAACAACACCAGUGUCUAGCACGACAUCGUCAUCAACGACAACACCAUUGUCUAGUACAACAGCGUCAUCAACGACAACACCAGUGUCAAGUACAACAGCGUCAUCAACGACAACACCAGUGUCAAGUACAACAUCGUCAUCAACGACAACACCUGUGUCUAGUACAACAGCGUCCACACCACCGAUAGCUUUACAUAGUAACCCAACAAAUCCUUCAACAUCUGGUUCAUCUGCCAAAACGAUGAGCUCUACUACAUCAAUGCCUAGGACAACAGCGUCUUCACCAACAACAACACCAAUGUCUAUUACAACAGCGUCAUCACCGACAACACCAGUGUCUAGUACAACAUCGUCAUCAACAGUCACAACGCCAGUGUUUAGUACAACAUCGUCAUCAAUGACAACACCAGUGUCUAGUACAACAUCGUCAUCAACAGUCACAACACCAAUAUCUAGUACAACAGCGUCAUCAACGACAACACCAAUGUCUAGUACAACAGCGUCAUCAACGACAACACCAGUGUCUAGUACAACAUCGUCAUCAACAGUCACAACACCAAUGUCUAGUACAACAGUUUCAUCACUAACAACAACACCAGUGUCUAGCACGACAUCGUCAUCAACGACAACACCAGUGUCUAGUACGACAUCGUCAUCAGCAACGACAACACCAGUGUCUAGCACGACAUGGUCAUCAGCAACAACACCAGUUUCUAGUACAACAGCUUCCACACCAGUGUCUAGUACAACCGCGUCAUCAACAACAGCACCAGUGUCUAGUACGACAUCGUCAUCAGCAACAACACCAGUGCCUAGUACAACAGCGUCCACACCAGUGUCUAGUACAACCGCGUCAUCAACAACAGCACCAGUGUCUAGCACGACUCCGUCAUCAACAACAACACCAGUGUCUAGUACAACAGCUUCCUCAACACCAGUGUCUAGUACAACAACUUCCUCAACACCAGUGUCUAGUACAACAGUUUCCACAACACCUGUGUCUAGUACGACAGCUUCAACACCACCGAUAGCUUUACAUAGUAACCCAACAAAUCCUUCAACAACUGGUUCAUCUGCCAAAACGAUGAGCUCUACUACACCAAUGCCUAGUACAACAGCGUCUUCACUAACAACAACACCAGUGUCUAGUACAACAUCGUCAUCAACGACAACACCAGUGUCUAGUACAACAUCGUCAUCAACGACAACACCAGUGUCUAGUACAAUAUCGUCAUCAACGACAACACCAUUGUCUAGUACAACAUCGUCAUCAACAGUCACAACACCAGUGUCAAGUACAACAUCGUCAUCAACAGUCACAACGCCAGUGUCUAGUGCAACACCGUCAUCACCGACAACACCAUUGUCUAGUACAACAUUGUCAUCACCGACAACACCAUUGUCUAGUACAACAUCGUCAUCAACAACAACACCAGUGUCUAGCACGACAUCGUCAUCAACGACAACACCAUUGUCUAGUACAACAGCGUCAUCAACGACAACACCAGUGUCAAGUACAACAGCGUCAUCAACGACAACACCAGUGUCAAGUACAACAUCGUCAUCAACGACAACACCUGUGUCUAGUACAACAGCGUCCACACCACCGAUAGCUUUACAUAGUAACCCAACAAAUCCUUCAACAUCUGGUUCAUCUGCCAAAACGAUGAGCUCUACUACAUCAAUGCCUAGGACAACAGCGUCUUCACCAACAACAACACCAAUGUCUAUUACAACAGCGUCAUCACCGACAACACCAGUGUCUAGUACAACAUCGUCAUCAACAGUCACAACGCCAGUGUUUAGUACAACAUCGUCAUCAAUGACAACACCAGUGUCUAGUACAACAUCGUCAUCAACAGUCACAACACCAAUAUCUAGUACAACAGCGUCAUCAACGACAACACCAAUGUCUAGUACAACAGCGUCAUCAACGACAACACCAGUGUCUAGUACAACAUCGUCAUCAACAGUCACAACACCAAUGUCUAGUACAACAGUUUCAUCACUAACAACAACACCAGUGUCUAGCAGACAUCGUCAUCAACGACAACACCAGUGUCUAGUACGACAUCGUCAUCAGCAACGACAACACCAGUGUCUAGCACGACAUGGUCAUCAGCAACAACACCAGUUUCUAGUACAACAGCUUCCACACCACCAGUGUCUAGUACAACAGCUUCCUACACCAGUGUCUAGUACAACCGCGUCAUCAACAACAGCACCAGUGUCUAGUACGACAUCGUCAUCAGCAACAACACCAGUGUCUAGUACAACAGCGUCCACACCAGUGUCUAGUACAACCGCGUCAUCAACAACAGCACCAGUGUCUAGCACGACUCCGUCAUCAACAACAACACCAGUGUCUAGUACAACAGCUUCCUCAACACCAGUGUCUAGUACAACAACUUCCUCAACACCAGUGUCUAGUACAACAGUUUCCACAACACCUGUGUCUAGUACGACAGCUUCAACACCACCGAUAGCUUUACAUAGUAACCCAACAAAUCCUUCAACAACUGGUUCAUCUGCCAAAACGAUGAGCUCUACUACACCAAUGCCUAGUACAACAGCGUCUUCACUAACAACAACACCAGUGUCUAGUACAACAUCGUCAUCAACGACAACACCAGUAUCUAGUACAACAGCGUCAUCAACGACAACACCAAUGUCUAGUACAACAGCGUCAUCAACGACAACACCAGUGUCUAGUACAACAUCGUCAUCAACGACAACACCAGUGUCUAGUACAAUAUCGUCAUCAACGACAACACCAGUGUCUAGUACAACAUCGUCAUCAACGACAACACCAGUGUCUAGUACAAUAUCGUCAUCAACGACAACACCAGUGUCUAGUACAAUAUCGUCAUCAACGACAACACCAAUGUCUAGUACAACAGCGUCAUCACUAACAACAACACCAGUGUCUAGUACAACAGCGUCAUCAACGACAACACCAGUGUCUAGUACAACAUCGUCAUCAACGACAACACCAGUGUCUAGUACAAUAUCGUCAUCAACGACAACACCAGUGUCUAGUACAACAUCGCCAUCAACGACAACACCAGUGUCUAGUACAACAUCGUCAUCAACGACAACACCAGUGUCUAGUACAAUAUCGUCAUCAACGACAACACCAGUGUCUAGUACAACACCGUCAUCAACGACAACACCAAUGUCUAGUACAGCAUCGCCAUCAACGACAACACCAGUGUCUAGUACAGCAUCGUCAUCAACGACAACACCAGUGUCUAGUACAACAUCGCCAUCAACGACAACACCAAUGUCUAGUACAGCAUCGCCAUCAACGACAACACCAGUGUCUAGUACAGCAUCGCCAUCAACGACAACACCAGUGUCUAGUACAACAACGACAACACCAAUAUCUAGUACAACAGUGAAGGCAAUAACUAUGUAUUUGACAAAGGUACCAAAGCUCACACCUCCACCACAAAUCGCAGCCUCAUUCUACAACCCUAAGGAUCCCGUCGAUUGUAAAUUUGCGUUGAGCAAAUUUAAGUGUUCCGUUAUGGUCGUUCGUCUCCACUGCAAAUUUUCCUGUGCUGGACGGGUCUCUACCACAACCAAACCGACGAGUAAGCUCCUGAUAACAAAUCCAUCAACACUGAGCUCACGGCAAACCCACCAGCCGACGUCAUCUCCGUCAACAGCUCGGCCGAGCUCGGCAAGUUCCGCUUCAAUUGUGUCAUCAACACCGACACGGUAUUUUACCAAAGUUCCGAAAAUAACACCGCCUCCUCGGAUACCCGCUUCGAAUUACGAUACACGGGACCCAGUGGAUUGUAAAUUUUCUCUAAACACGUUUGAUUGCUCCAUAUUUGUGGUCCGUCUGCAUUGUAAAUAUUCCUGUGCCAAUAAAACUACUGUACCCAACACAGUGACACAGCCGGUAACACAUGUUCCUGUUGGAUGAGGAAUCGAUUUAUUCAUAUGAAGUUAUAUCUAUUAAAAAUGCAUAAUUGUACAAUUUAAUGUAAAUAGCGUAUUAAUAUAAAGUUAAUGAUCAA